AUCUCCUUUCACCUACAUCAUCACCGAUCAACGACCGAUCUUGCCACAGUUGCGAGAGUGCAGUGGCGGAUCUUGUCGGCAUAGACGGCGUCCUCGGUUCCGUCACACCUUCCAACACCGAUCACAUCCACUCCGGGAAGUGCGGGUGUGCGUUAUCGGGUACUGCGACGCAUAGACAAAGACCCUGCCCAAUCGCUCUCUCCUCGGAGAGACGCUGACGCAGAACAAUGGCGUCGACAGUGGCCCCACAGGAAGUGCCGACACUCAAGAUUUUGCUGGUGGGGAGCAGCAGUGUCGGAAAAAGCAGCCUUCUGCUUCGCUACACGGAUGACGAAUACCUCGGGCCAGAGGAGGCCACCGCCACAAUUGGCGUCGACUACAAGAUCAAGAGCAUCACCGUGGGCGGCAAGAGAUACAAGCUCAGCAUCUGGGAUACAGCGGGCCAGGAGCGCUUUCGGACGCUGACGAGCAGCUACUACCGGGGUGCACACGGCGUCAUUGUUGUGUAUGAUGUGACGCAGCGAGACACGUUCGAGGCCCUCCCGACGUGGUACAACGAGCUGGACACGUUCACCUCGAGCCCGGAUGUGGUCAAGAUUGUCGUCGGAAACAAGGUCGACAAGGACCUCUCGAGGGUCGUCACCGUCGAAGAGGGACAGGCAUUUGCGGAUCGGAUGGGCUGUCUGUUUGUCGAGUGCAGCGCAAAGAGGGGCGUCGGCGUCAGUGGCGCAUUUGACGAGCUCGUCAAUCGGAUCAUCUCGACGCCAUCGCUCUGGGAGAACACAGCGGGGCGCAGGCCGGGCGACCGGAUGCCUGGCGGGGCGCCGGCGGACCAUGCGGCUGAGUCGAGCCGAGGGAACAUCUCCCUCACCGAUCCUGGCGGCGACAAUGAUGCUUCAGAACAAGAAGGAGAGACCCAAGGGCACGAUCGAGAGCAAGGGCAAGAACAGCUGGAACAAGUCACCGAGAGGGAAGGCGCAGAGGCAGAGGCAGCGACACGAGCAGAGGCAGAGACAGAGACAGAGACAGAGACAGCGGCAGAUGCGACGGCACCGGCCGGCUCUCGUCUUUCGUCGCCCUCGUCGUCCGUCGACCUGUCGCUGCUGACGGACGCAACGCUGCCCAUCGCAAACGUGUCGCGGCUGAUGAAAAAGUCGCUGCCGUCCAACGCAAAGAUUGCCAAGGAGGCAAAGGACUUGGUGCAGGAGGCCACCUGCGAGCUCAUUGCCUUUAUCACCUCGGAAGCAAACGAGCGGUGCGCGACGGAGAAGCGAAAGACGAUCAACGGCGACGACGUCCUGUAUGCCAUGCGCGUGCUUGGCUUUGAGAACUACGAGGAGGUGUGCCGCGUCUGGCUGAGCCGCUACCGCAUGGCGCAGGAGGCAGUGGCCAAGAAGCAGGGGGGAUCCAGGGGUAGAAGCUCGAGCAAGCGGGCCCACUCGGACGAGCAGCCCCUCGUCGACGACGACGACGAGGCCGAUGAAAACGAGGCAGCGGUGCACGACGGAUGAGACCGUCGGUCGACUAUCCUCCUUAAAACAAGCUAUACGUGUGUGUAAAAACAAGGUCAUUUUGUAGAAUGUAGAGACAAGUGAGAUGGGUCUCUGCUCCUUUGUCAACGUCGAAGUGAUGCCGACCUACGCC